GAAGCAGUCGACUCGUGGCACUCAAGCGUUGAUCAACAACCAUGGCGGACGUUAAGUUUUCUGGUCGUGCUUAUUGCAAGAUCAUUUUGCACGCGGCUAAGUAUCCGCAUUGUGCGAUAAACGGAUUAUUGUUAGCUGAACAGAAACCGAAAGAUUCCUCUAAGUCCAAAGAAAUUUACAUCGUUGAUGUUGUUCCCCUAUUUCAUUUGUGUCUUCACGUUUCUCCUAUGGCUGAAGUCGCCCUUACUCUGGUCGACCAGGUAGCUGCUCGUGACGGUUUAAUGAUCGCUGGUUAUUACCUUGCUAAUGAGAACCUCUCUGAUCUAAGCAUCGACAGACCGGCGCAUAAGAUAGCCGAUAAGAUAGCGGAAAAUAAUGCAGCGGCAAUGUUGGUUGUAGUCGACAAUAGAAAAGUGACGCUUCGUAUGGAUGAAAAUGCCUUGAGGGUAUCGCAAAAUGUGGAUGGGAAAUGGAAACCUAUAGAUGAUGACAAAAUACAUUUUGACGGAGAUAUUCUGGAUGCGGUGUCGACGAUGUUACAGAGGCAAGAAUACCGAGGGCUCGUCGACUUCGACAAUCAUCUAGACAACAUAUCACUAGACUGGCAGAAUCAAGAACUGAAUGAAAUCAUAGAUGAAACGAUGGAAAUUGUUGGAUAGUUGUACACAUUACUUAGCUCCUGGGGAGCUGAAAUAUCUUUUACAUUGUGCACUUUCGUUUAUUAAAUAAAAUAAUCUGUAAAUA